AUGGCGUCGACAGCUCUCUUGAGGGGUCGAGGACCUCGUGCAGCCGCUAUUGGUGCUGCUGCUGCUACUGCGUUGGCCGCGUGUUCAUGGCGGACAAUUGCGACGGCUUGUCUAAGCCACAAACAAACGGGUAGGUUUUCGUUUAUUCCCUUCUUGUCUCGUCUUUCCGAACGGUGUGUAAUGUGA